AUGACUUGCGGGAGUCAGCUGAUGUAUCAAAUCUCCUCACAUCUCCGUUCUGCAUUUACCGGCACUAGCGAUCGUAUUCAUAUCUACGAUCCAGCUGUUACAAUGGAAAAUCACCGCCGUCCACACACUAGCUACGGUUUUCCGUCAGUUAUGAACGUGAUAUUCAUAACCCCGAAAUUAACGCUAUUUGUUCUACCUGCAGCUAUUCACGGAAGCGGUAAUGCUGAUCCCGCAGUGAUUGUUGUGAUUUUCGGGGCUAGCAGGAUGGACUUGGUGAAGAAAAUACAGAGGACGAGUUCCAGGAAGUCUUGCAGUACCAUACAGCAUCAGUUUAUCACUACCGGCGUUUCUGUAUCCAAGAACUUCCCUUUUCUUUUCCUUCCGUGCCUUUUCUUCACCUUCAUUGUCGAUGCUGUCGUGUCAUACAAGCAACCUACUUCGGUCCUGUUUUCGGAGGACGUAUGUUCUACUCUGUUCUCACUCGUAACUGUGUAUGAUGUGUAUACUUACCGGAUCGGAGGAUCUCAAAAGAUGUAG